AUGCGUUCCUCGAACCCCCUCACGCGCUUCAUGUAUCUUGGAUUCCUUUCCCUCUUCUUUGCUCAGCACAUCUCAGCUGUGUUCUUCAUCACCAAGUCGGAUGACUAUCACGCUUACCAAUGCGGUCCCAGGGGUGAGAAAUGCUGCGCGUCAGGCGCCGUCAUCUAUCGUAUCUGGUCAUCUCCGCAACCUCCUGCGUCUUGCUCUGGCUGUGGCUGUGGUACCAUAAAGAACGAAGCGAUCUCCUCUGCGAAUGGAGGUCUCGAUCACAGCGAGCUUGGCAGAUGCAAGUAUGGCGAUUAUGUCGGUAAUGGGAAUGUGUGGGCAUUCUGUCAGACCCCGACUGGGGGUGACCUAUAUCUCAACGGCCAGCGAAAGAUUUGUCAACAUGCGAGCAUCACGGUUAGCACUUGCACCGAUGGAUUCUGUGGCAACUCGCAGAAGGCCGUCAUCACCUGCAACGACGACAGGUGGUAUCCUCCUGCGUAA